UUUCAGUGUUUCGGUCUUCUCCGCAACUAAAACUCUGCUUCGUCUUCCAGAAAUCUGGGAAAGUGUAUUUAUUUUGGAAGGUUUUUAAUUCUUCGUUGUAGAAGGACAGUAUUGUGCAAGCGCAGAGAAUCAAGAGAGAGAAUUUUCAGAACAGGAUGAUCGACCAAAGUUCUUUGAGUUUUCUAUGUCCCAUCAAAUGCUCUGAGCACCGAAACGUCACCAAAAAGUUCAUCAAACCAACCUCUUCAAAACCCAAUAAAAAGCUUUCCGAUGAUCCGAAUCUGCCGGGUAACAACCCACCCGCUACAGUAUUCCCCAGAGUUGUACGGAUAUCUAUGACCGACUACGAUGCCACAGACUCUUCGAGUGAUGAAGAAGGAGAGCUUUUUGGUCGCCAGCGAGUGAAACGCUAUGUGAAUGAGAUCAACAUCGAGCCAAGUUGCAGUAAGCCCAAUAGCGUUCCUCCUACCAUUGUAAGCAACCGGAAAAGAGCUGCUGAGUCGGCGGCUUGCCGGAGACCUCUGAAACAAAUUUCUUCAGAGAAUAAUGUUAAGAAGUUUCGCGGUGUUCGGCAACGGCCGUGGGGAAAAUGGGCAGCGGAGAUUCGAGAUCCUGCUCGACGUGUUCGUUUAUGGCUGGGUACUUAUGAUACAGCCGAAGAAGCUGCAAGGGUUUAUGAUAAUGCCGCUAUCAAGCUUCGAGGGCCAGACGCUUUAACAAACUUCUCUACGCCGCCAGUUCAAGAACCAGAACCCGAACACGAAGAAGAAAAGCUCGAAGUCAAUGUUUCGUCUACAGUUUCGGGUUACGAAUCGGGCGAUGAGUCUCAAUGUCACAACCUUUCAUCUCCGACUUCUGUUCUCAAUUUCAGAAAUCAUUCUUCUUCGGAAGAAACUGAAGAUAAAAGCCAACCAGUGAAGCCUCUUGUUAAAGAAGAAACAGCGGUGGUAGAGUUUCAAGGCGAAACGACGACGAAUUUGUUCGACGAAUCAGCCGAUUUCUCACAGCUUGAUUUGCCUUUCCCGCUGGACGAGUUUUUCAGUAAUAUUCCAGCUCCAGAGCUGUCAUUUUUCGAAGAGAACAACGCCCCGAUUUUCCAAGACUACAUGUUCAACGACGAUUCAAAUGACAUGUUUCUUCAAACAUUGCCUGAAGACUUUGCUUUAGCUUCUCCGUCGUCUCCAUGUCAAGUGGACGACUUUUUCCAAGACAUCGGCGAUUUGUUCUUUUCUGACCCUCCUCUUGUGGGACAAUGAAUGAGUAGAAGAAGACGAAAACGAAGAGUGAGUCGGUGACAGUGAUUGAUUGAGUGUAACCGCCGCUUUGCUCGGUUGUUUCCGGCAGAUUUUGUACCAGCGGUGACAAAAAUGGGCUAGUAUUGUUAUACUAAUAAUUAUUUUUAUUUCACUAAAUAUCUCCGUUAAAAUUUAACGGAGUUUAGGGGAACGGAGUUUUGGUAAUACCAUGAGUUAUUAUAAUUACGCUUGUAUAAUGUUUUUUUGCGAGAAAUAUAAUUAUUUGGUGCUUUUAUUUUAA